CCACAAUCAUCCCUUCAACAUUCAUUUCAGCAUCAUUAGAAAAUACACACCAUGGCCUUUAUUCUUUCCUCAACCGUCACUUUCCUCCCAUCUCUAUUGCUAUUUCUUUCAUUCAUUACAGCAUAUGCAGCGGGGAAUUUCUACCAGAAUUUUGAUAUUACUUGGGGAGAUGGUCGUGCCAACAUACUCGACGACGGCCAACUUCUCACUCUUUCUCUCGACAAAGCCUCUGGUUCUGGUUUUCAAUCCAAGAAUGAAUAUCUCUUCGGCAACAUUGAUAUGCAGCUCAAGCUUGUACCUGGAAAUUCUGCAGGCACCGUCACUGCUUACUAUUUAUCUUCAAAAGGAUCAAACUGGGAUGAGAUUGAUUUUGAAUUCUUGGGAAAUGUAAGUGGACAACCAUACAUUCUUCACACCAAUGUGUUCAGUCAAGGAAAAGGAAAUAGAGAGCAACAGUUCUAUCUAUGGUUUGAUCCAACUGCUGAUUUCCACACCUACUCCAUUCUCUGGAAUCCUCACCAUAUUAUUUUUUCAGUGGAUGGAACAGCUAUAAGAGAAUUCAAAAACAUGGAAUCAAAAGGAGUUGCAUUUCCAAAGAAUCAAGCAAUGAGAAUAUAUUCAAGUCUAUGGAAUGCGGAUGAUUGGGCAACAAGAGGUGGUCUUGUCAAGACAGAUUGGAAUGAAGGUCCAUUCAUAGCAUCAUAUAGGAAUUUCAACGCAGAUGCAUCCUCAUCCAAUGCUUGGUACUCACAACAAUUGGAUUCAACAAAUCAAGAGAGAUUGAGUUGGGUGCAAAAGAAUUACAUGAUUUAUAAUUAUUGCAAUGACACCAAAAGAUUUCCUCAAGGCCUUCCAACUGAGUGCACUGCAUCCUAAUAGAUCUUUUUAUCUUCAUAUUGCAACUAUAUGUUUCAAGAUUUAAUUCAUUCUUUUUCUUUUUAGUUUGGAGGCCUGUUCAAUUUCUUUUACUUGUAAUUUGCUUCAUAUCAAGUCAUUUCAUUUAUUCUUUGAUACAAUAAAUAAAUAAAUAUUCAAAAAACAUUUGUCUUCCAAGCUCAAUGUAAUCUUGUAAUUUUAAUAGAGAUUAAAAUGGAAAGUUAACCAUCUUCAGUUGUUUAUUAAUAAAUUGUGAUAUUAUAUUA